AUGUCCGACGAGACUUACCAACAAGCCGUUCCAGCAAAUGUGGAGCCUCAGUCCCAGAAUGAGUCUUCCUCCCCAAAGGAAGAUAUAUUGAGGUCAGUCUGGGCCCGUGUUCUGAACCUACCAGUCGAGCAGAUUGGCUUGAAUAGGGCAUUCUUGUCACUUGGUGGCGAUAGUAUCAGCGCUAUGCAAGUCAUGGGACAUUGCCGAAAACAAGGCAUUAGCGUUGGCGUGCAGGAGAUCCUGCGCUCACGCUCAAUAGCCGAGUUAGCUACCAUGGUGAAAGACGUCCAAAUGUCUACCGACCGCGCAACGGAAGAAAUAGAUGUACCUUUCGAUCCGACGCCAAUUCAGUCGCUUUGGUUCCAGCUUCCUAAUCAGGGACAUGGCCACUUUAAUCAGUCGUUCUACCUCCAAGUGAAGCGCAAAGUCAAUCCGGCAGAUUUCCGCGCAGCUGUAGAGACGCUCGUGGGCCGACACUCUAUGCUCCGAGCUCGUUUCACUUUGUCGGAUGAUCAGUCUUGGCAACAGCGUGUGACGAAGGAUGUCACUGGGUCGUAUCGAUUCCGAUAUGAGUCAGUGUCAACAAAGGAGCAGGUGGACCACAUGAUAGAGGAUUCACAGAAGUGCCUCAACCAUGCCACAGGUCCCCUGCUGGCCGCUGACUUGUUUGAAUUCGGCAACGAGCAGCACGCCUUUCUCGUAGCUCAUCACCUUGUCAUUGAUUUGGUAUCGUGGCGUCUAAUUCUGGAAGAACUUGAGGAACUACUGACAAAUGGGUCGCUAUUGCCGCCGGCUCUGCCUUUCCAGAGGUGGGCGCAGUUACAACGUGAGCACGCCCAGACGCAGCGAAUCGAUAAGGUAUUACCACCAGCGGACAUACCACCGCUCGACUUCAACUACUGGGGCAUCCAACACGCAGACAACACUUAUGGCAAUGCCGGUCAUGCUAGCUUCGAGCUAGACCAUAAUCUCACUUCCUUGUUCUUGGGUGAUUGUCACGCGCCCCUCAAGACCGAGCCUGUCGAGGUCCUUUUGGCAUCACUCCUCCACUCGUGGGUCAAGGUCUUUGACGAUAGGGCCAUACCAGCUAUCUUUAACGAAGGGCAUGGCCGAGAGCCUUGGGACUCGAAUAUUGACAUCACGCGUACAGUGGGCUGGUUCACGACCGUGUAUCCCAUAUCUGUCAUACCAUCUGACGAUCCUGUCGAGACUAUUCGCAUGGUCAAGGACUUCAGACGCCAGAUACCUUUCAACGGCAGACCAUACUUUGCUAAACGGGUCCUUACGAAAGACGGGAAUGAAUACUUCGACACUCACUGGCCAAUGGAGAUCAGUUUUAACUAUCUUGGCCAAUACCAGCAAUUGGAACGUCAGGACGCCUUACUACAGCCCCUCGAAAGCAUGGCUGGCGAGACCCGCGAGGCUGGCGGCACGGCCGAUGUGGGCUAUGCGUCUCCUCGCUUUGGCCUUUUCGAGAUAUCCGCCAUCGUAUUCAAAGGCCAGCUGAAGUUUGCGUUCACGUUCAAUCGCAACAUGCAGCAUCAGGAUCGCAUCCGAGACUGGGUGUCGAAUUGUAGUCAGGUUCUCACAGACAUGAUCCAGAAAUUGCCCUCAGUCGCCCCAAGGCCAACUCUAAGCGACUUCCCCUUACUUACGCUCAACGAAGAGCGCUUUCAGGCUAUGUUGCACCGUCUGGCUCAGAUGGGAGUUUCGGCCACUGAGGUUGAGUCCGCAUAUCCUUGUUCUAGUAUGCAAGAGGGACUUUUGCUUUCUCAGUCUAAAAAUGCAGGCUUCUAUGCAGCUGUGACUAUCCACGAGCUUACUAUACCGAACGGACACCCCAAGUGGGAGGAUAUUGCCGAUAGCUGGUCGAAAGUGGUUGCGAGACACCCCGCGCUACGCACGAUCUUCCUGGAGAACAUUGGUGCCGAAGAAGGUCUGUAUGAUCAGGUCGUUCUGAAGAGAGUCGAACCCAACGUUGUGCAUCUCCAAUGUGCCAACGAAGAAGAGGCACUUCGACUCAUCGAGCAGCAACGCUCCGUCACGUACGAGAACAAUAGCAGCCCUCCCCACCGGUUCACCAUCUGCAGUACAGCCGAUAACAAGGUUUUCUGCUGCCUCGAGAUCAGUCACGCCAUCAUGGACGGGCAUUCCAUGAGCUUAUUAUUCCGGGAUCUGCGAGAUGCCUACGGAAACUCACUUGCCGAAGACGGGCCUCCGUACGCCGACUAUAUUGCAUACCUCAUGAAUCAGCCCCAGGAGGCUAGCCUGGAUUUCUGGAGAUCCUAUCUCAACGGAAGCGAAGUUUGCUCAUUCCCAAUGCUCAACGACGGCGUCGUAGCUGAGAAACAGCUGCAGAACAUUCGCGUAGACUGUGGCAGCAUUAGCAUCCUCGAUCUGCAAGCAUUCUGCAGUGUACACGGCAUCACGUUAUCAAAUAUCUUCCAUACGGCAUGGGCUGUGACUCUCAGCCUCUAUGUCGAUAAUCCUGAUGUUACAUUCGGUUACCUUAUAUCCGCAAGAGACACUGAUGAUAUCCAACGCGUGCAGGAUAUGGUUGGACCUAUCAUCAACACACUCGUCUGCCGCGUGCAAUUGACUGAUGGAACGCGGUCGCUUCUCGAUGUCAUCCAAGACGUACAGCGCGACUAUGUGGAGUCAAUACCGCAUCGACACAUCGCGCUCGCAGAGGUGCAGCACAUGUUGGACCUAGGAGGCGCGAACCUCUUCAAUACUGCGCUAUCUUACCGCCGAUUGCCCCCGGAUAGCACAUCAAGCAACGAAAAACUUCGGUACACCGAGAAGGCGCCUAUCUAUGACCCAACCGAAUAUCCAGUCUCGAUAAAUAUUGAAGUCUCGGACGAGGCCGCUAUGAUCGAUCUCGAUUUCUGGACUGAUCACCUGUCCGCUGCACAAGCUGAAAACGUCGCCAGCACUUUUGUACGUACUUUGGAGAAUGUCCUCCACAAUGCUGAAAACAGCAUCAACUCCCUCGAUAACCUCAGCGGCAGGCACUGGCAGAGGAUCCAAGACUGGAACGUCAUGCCUGACACCAUCCAUGAGUGUGUACAUCGCAGAUUCCAGGAAUGGGCGAAAGUCCAGCCCGAUGCUCCGGCUAUCCGAGGACACGACGGCGAUUAUACUUACGCUGAACUGGACGCUGUCACUGAGCGCUUGGCUCACUACCUCGUCGAUCUCGGAGUUGGUCCCGAGGUCUUCGUCCCCACUUGCUUCGACAAGAGUUCAUUUGCAGUCGUUGCCAUGCUGGCUGUACUCAAAGCUGGCGGGGCAGCAGUUCCACUGGAUGCCAAGCAUCCGAAGCCAGCUCUUGAAUCGCGAGUGGAAGACACACAGGCGCAAGUAGUCUUGACUACAGCAGCCCGAUCAGAACAGUUUGAAGACAUAGCCCCAGAUGUCAUUGUUGUGGAUUCAGUGCUACUUGAUGAUCUGUCGGAUGUGGAGAGCAUUGCCUGUCCCGCUGUUGAGCCUCACAAUCCAGCGUUUGUUAUUUUCACAAGUGGAAGUACUGGACGACCAAAAGGCGUUGUACUGGAGCACGCAGCGUUCGUCACAAGCGCGUCGGCCCAUGGAAGUAAACUGGGGGUAGGUCGUGAUACCCGGUUCUUGCAAUUCGCGUCCUACACAUUCGACAACUCAUUGGAAGAAAUGUUCACGACAUUGCAAAGAGGAGGUUGCGUUUGCGUUCCAUCGGAAGAGGAUCGUAUGAACGAUCUUGCUGGUGCAAUUGCCCGGUUGAAUGCCAAUUUCAUGGACUUGACGCCCACAGUCGCAUCGCUUCUCAACCCCAAAGACGUUCCCACGAUCAAAGGCCUGGCCCUCGGCGGAGAAGCCUUGACCAAAGCGGUACUGGAGCAGUGGACUCCAUAUAUGCAAGUUGUGGGUCAGUAUGGACCAAGUGAGGCAUCGGUCAAUUCGGCGUUCAAGAGCUUCAGAUCUUUCAAGCAAGGCGACGACCCUACCAACAUCGGUAGAGCAGUCGGCAGCGUCUCGUGGAUCGUGGAUCCAAAGGAUCGCAAUCGUUUAGCACCGAUCGGAUGCAAGGGCGAGCUACUGAUUGAAGGCCCUAUCCUUGCCCGAGGCUAUCUACAGGACCCAGAAAAGACCCGUUUGGCUUUCAUCCAAGAUCCUGCUUGGGCUCGCAGUAGCGAUGGACAUAGUCGCCGGUUCUACUGUACUGGUGAUUUGGUCCAUUAUACCGGAGACGGAGAGUUGAUGUAUCUGGGAAGAAAGGACAGCCAAGUCAAGUUGAACGGCCAACGCAUCGAGCUAGGGGAGAUCGAGCAUCACCUCAAUCUUGCUCUACCCUCCAAUGCCCAAUCUGCAGUCGAGUUGGUCAAGUUCACCGACAGCAAAGGAACCAAGGCUCUUGUGGGCUUUGUUUGUUUAGCUGAAACAUCGACUGAGGUCAUCCCAGGGAUUGGGGAGAUGACAGACGACGUGCGGGCGAAGGCAAAGGAGGCCGAAGUCGCUCUUGCGAACGCACUUCCAGCAUAUUAUGUUCCUUCGAUAUUCAUGCCCAUGACGAGUAUGCCAAUGACAACAUCUGGAAAGCUCGACCGAAAGGUGUUGCGGCAAUUGGCCCAAGCAGUUUCUGAGGACCAACUUCAUAUCUUCCGACUUGCCGGUAAGAGUGGCCGAGCACCAUCAGGUCCUGUGGAAACAACACUUGCACGGCUUUGGUCGUCCGUCUUAAAUCUGCCCGCUGAUUCCGUCGGCGCCAAUGAUUCCUUCUUCCGCCUUGGCGGUGAUUCCAUUGGCGCGAUGCGGCUAGUCACUGCGAGUCGCAAGGAAGGCAUUGUGCUUGCUGUUUCCAACAUCUUCUCACAACCGCAAUUGGCAGAAUUGGCGGCAACUGCUAGCAUUCUCUCUUCGGAUGAGCGCUCCACCACUUCCGAGCCGGAGGCGGCUCCUUUUGAGCUGAUCCCUGAGCACAAAAAGCGCCAAGUGAUCGAGUUGGCUGCGUCAGAGUGUGGAGUCUUUCCAGACUCUAUCGAGGACAUCUACCCAUGUAGUCGUCUUCAGGAAGGCCUCAUCGCGCUCUCCGCGACAGAACCUGGAUCAUACGUAGCUGAGACGAUUUAUCGACUGCCAGCUGAUAUCGAUGUACAACGUUUCCAGGAUGCCUGGAACAGGGUUGUCGCAGAAGAGGCUAUACUGCGCACGCGUAUCAUCUAUGUCGAGGACCAGGGCUUCGUACAGGUUGUGUUGCGUAACAGUGUAGACUGGUCUCAACUGGAGAGCUUGCAGGACAUUAGCAACGUACACCGUCACCUUCCAGCUAAGCCCGGAGGUCCAUUGGCUUCGUAUGCCAUAGUCGGACAAGGUACAUCAUCUGUAUUCUUCGUCUGGACUGCACAUCAUGCAGUUUAUGAUGGAUGGAGCCUGACGAGUCUACUCGGCAAAGUAGAAAGCUACUACCAGAACAGCACUCAAGCGUCGCAUGCUGCUGUUCCGUACUCGAGAUUCAUCAAAUAUCUUGAUUCCUUGGAUCCGAAGCAGGCUGACAAUUUUUGGCUUUCCAUGUUCGAAGACAUCGCUGCCCCUCAGUUCCCUCAACUACCGAGCCCCGAUUACAAAGUCGAAGCCUCUGGCCAACUCCGUCAUCAAAUACCUGUGACCCGCCGAAGCGGAACAGAUAUUACAAUGCCUUCUAUAAUACGAGCUGCCUGGGGGCUGGUACUAGCAGUAUACUCUGGUUCAGAUGACGUUCUAUGGGGAGAGACGAACAGUGGACGUGAAGUCCCUGUGUCUGGCAUUGAAGACAUCAUCGGUGCCACAAUUACUACAUCUCCUAUGCGACUAAAGCUGGAUCGUCAACUUACGGUUCAAGACUACCUCCAGGAGGUACAACGCCAGACGUCGGCUGCAAUUCCACACCAGUUCGCUGGGCUCCAGCACAUUCGCAAGCUUAGCUCGGAUACCGCUGCCGCAUGUGACUUCCAGAGCCUGUUGGUCAUCGCAAGUGGGGACAGCAUGAAAGACCCCGAAGGCGGAUUGUGGAACCUGCAAAGCACGGGUGCCGUGGGUACCAACUUCUUCAACUAUGGUCUCAUCUUCAACUGCUCUGUCGAUAAGAACGGCAUCGAAGUUGAAGCACACUACGAUGGCCAGGUGAUACAAUCAUGGCUCGUUCAACGCCUACUCGAGCAGUUUGGCUUCCUCAUCAAUAUUCUCAACCGGGAAGAUGCUCUCCAACGCGUCCUGGGCAACUUGAGCAUGUUGAAUCCUGCCGAUGAAGCAGUGAUUUCAUCAUGGAACAGUAGGCCAGUAAACGUUGUGGACAGAUGCAUUCAUGACAGCGUUUCCCAAAGCCAAGUUAUCCUCCGCCCUACUUCGAUUGCCAUCGAUUCAUGGGACACAGGUGAGAUGUCUUACAGAGAAUUCGAUGAGCGCACCACGCGGCUCGCUUCUCGGCUCAUGCACCUCGGUGUUACGCCUCAGAGCUAUGUACCGAUUUGCUUCGAAAAGUCCGGCUGGACUAUCGUGGCUAUGUUUGCCAUCAUGAAGUGCGGCGCAGCCUUUGUGCCACUCGACUUCGAAGCGCCCCUUCUGCGACUCCGCGAGAUCGUCGGAGAUGUGAAGGCCGAACUUGUCCUCUGUGGUCCAAAACACGAAGAUUUGUGCAGGUCCAUCCCUUGCAAGGUGCUCGUUGUAGAUCGAGAGGCUACCGAACAACACUCUGGCCACCUUCACAGCCAAGUAACAGUUCAGAGCGACACAACUGCUUAUGUGCUCUUCACUUCAGGCUCCACCGGUAAGCCGAAAGGGGCUGUCAUCAGCCACCGCGCAUUUUCCUCUGCGUCGGCGGCCUUUGCCCCCGCCUUUGGUCUUUCCGAGAACUCUCGCGUUCUCCAAUUCUCCUCUUACACAUUCGAUGCGUGUUUGAUUGAGAUAUUCAGCACUCUUAUCAUGGGUGGAACCGUCUGUGUACCUGAUCAGAACUCGAGAACGAAUGAUCUUGCUGGAGUCAUCAACAAGUUCAGGGUCAACUUAGUCUGUCUGACUCCCUCCGUCGUCCGAAUGAUCCAGCCUUCCCAAGUGCCCAGCGUGAAGACACUCCUCUUAGUCGGAGAGGCUAUGUCUCAGCAGGAUCUGCUUACUUGGGCUGACCGUGUGGUUUUGUGCAAUGGCUACGGCCCCACGGAGUGCAGCGCUAUCGCCACUGUGAACGUCAUGACUACCACCACGAAGCCAAACAAUCUAGGCAAGGUUGUAACCGCAAGAGGAUGGGUUGUGUCUCGGAAUGACAUCAACCAGCUAGUUCCUGUCGGGGCAGUGGGUGAACUGAUUCUAGAGGGAGGUGGUGUUGGGUCUGGCUACCUCAACAAUCCCGAGAAGACUGCCUAUGCUUAUGUCGAAGAGGUCAGCUGGACCAUGGGGGAGGAUCGGAAUGUUGGCGCAUCGAGGAAAUUCUACAAGACGGGUGAUCUUGUCAAAUACAACGAAGAUGGUACUCUGCUCUAUCUUGGGCGUAAGGACAACCAGACAAAAGUGAGAGGACAGAGGCUCGAGUUGACUGAAGUGGAACAUCAUCUCAUCCAGGACUCUGUAGUGCAAAACGCAUUGGCCUCAGUCCCUAAAGCCGGACCAUGCGCGAAGCGUCUUGUCGGUGUCGUUUCGCUGCGAGAUGUGGCGCCGUCCGGCUCUUCCACAGCAGAAUUGCAGCUGCUCCCUAAAGAUACUGCUUCAUUCAAUAUUGCGACGAUUCGAGAACGUCUUGAAGCACGCCUUCCAUCCUACAUGAUCCCAUCGCUGUGGAUUGCCAUAUCGAGAUUUCCACUGAUGCCAUCUGCGAAGAUGGAUCGCAAGAAGGUGGUACAGUGGCUCGAAAACAUGGACAACGACACUUACCGUACAAUCGCCACUCUCGGAAUGGAAGAUCCCGAAGAAGAUGCGAACGUAGUCGACCGAAAACUGCAGACAAUAUUCGCAAAGGUUCUUAACCUGGCGCCAGAGGACAUUCGUAUGGGCUCGUCCUUCUUACGGCUUGGAGGGGACUCGAUUGCAGCUAUGCAAGUAUCUUCGAUGUGUCGUGCUCAAGGCUUGGCUGUCUCUGUUCAGGACAUUGUCAAAUCGAAGUCAAUCGCUGCUCUCGCUGCAGGAGUCUCUAUCUCUAGAACCUCUACAACUGCGAAAUCGCAGCCUCAGGACUACAACCUGCCUUUCGACCUCGGUCCUAUACAAAAGCUCUUCUUCGACACAGUUGGCGAUAAUUAUCGCCACUUCAACCAGAGCACAAUAUUCAAGCUCGCCCGGUCGUUUGAGCUGCAGGAGAUUGAACAAGCGCUCAGCGCUCUCGUGGAUACGCACCCCAUGCUACGAGCUCGGUAUUUCCAAAAUGAAUCGAUGCUUUGGAAGCAAAGUGUUGCAAAGACUCCCACCCCGUUCAGGCUACGACACCACCAAGUUAAGUCAGCCAAAGAGGAGUUCAUACGUCCGGUCAUCGACGAAAGCCAGGCUACACUAGACAUCGUGAAAGGUCCAACUUUCUCUGCUGACCUCUUCGACAUUGACGACAAUUUCUCCCAGGCAAUCGCGCUGGUCGCGCAUCAUCUGGUCAUUGAUGUCGUUUCAUGGGGCGUUAUUCUCGAGGAUUUCGAGAACCUGCUCAAUGGCACAGCACCUCCGCCUCAGAGCCUUCCCUUUCACGCUUGGACACAACAACAAGCUGCACAAGCUCGUCGGGAAUCUGCUGAGAAGGUUAUGCCCUUGCCUACUAUUCCGCCCGCAGACUUUGACUACUGGGGGCUCGAUGCGUCUGAUAAUCUGAACGGCGAUGUCAUUAGUGAGGACAUCGAGCUUAGCCCCAAGGACUCGAUGCUGAUUCUCGGGGCACAUGACGCAUUGGCUACUGAGCCUGUGGACGUAUUUAUUGCAGCACUACUGGAGUCCUUCCGCAAGGUAUUUCCUGAUCGACACGCUGCGACAAUCCAUAACGAGGGGCACGGCCGUGAGCCAUUUGACUCCCAAGAUCUGAGCCGAACAGUGGGAUGGUGCACGACUAUGGCACCAAUCCACCUGCCAGUAGCCCCCGAAGAUCCUACGGAUAUCGUAAGCACAAUCCGUUGGGUAUCGAGCCUCCGAGAGAAGACUCCAGGGAAGGGUAGACCCUACUUUGCUUAUCGACUCCUCACCGGCGAGGGUCAAGAUCGCUUUGCAUCUCACUGGCCUGCGGAGGUAACCUUCAAUUACCUAGGAAGGAUGCAGAACAUGGAGCGCAAGGACGCCUUGCUGCAGAGAAUGACCAGCAUCUCUACUACAGACAUCAGCGCUACCACUCCACGAUUCGCACUUUUCGAGGUUACUGCACUCGUCGCUCAGGGAACCAUCAAGCUCUCUUUUGACUUCAACCGCCGUAUGAGCAGGCAAUCGCAAAUCAAGAGCUGGAUGGCUGCAUGCAAAGACACGCUGGUUGAUGCUGUUGAUCAGCUUCUCCAGUUGAGGUCUGAACCCAGCCUUGACAACUUCAAGCUGCUGCCUCUGACCUAUAAUGGCACGUCGAAGCUUUCUGCGUUGCUGCCUACAGGCACCACUAUUGACGAAAUCGAGGAUGUGUAUCCCGCUUCCCCUAUGCAGCAAGGCAUGCUAUUGUCUCAGCUCAAGAACCCUGAGCUGUACUCAUAUCACUGCAUCCUAGAAAUCAAGUCGACGGCUGCCGCGCAGCAGAUCAACCCACGUAAGAUCGCUGAGGCAUGGCAGGUUGUGGUGCAGCGCCAUCCAAUCCUGCGUACCGUGUUCGUUGAGAGUAUCUCUAAGACCGGCUUGAUGGAUCAAGUCGUGUUCAAGGAGAGACCUGGUAGGAUCACAUGGAUCGCUGACUGCGAUACUGAAGAUGUGGCUCGGUUCUUGAGGGACCAGCCUUUGAUCGACUUCCGCGAGUUCAAUUGCCCUCAUCGUUUGACUAUUUGCAAAACAAAGGCGAACAAUAUCUGGGCCAAAUUGGAGAUGAGCCACGCCAUUUGCGAUGGCACUUCGAUCCCCAUUAUCCUGAACGAUCUCGCGAGGGCGUACGGGAACAAGCUAACGAGAGCGGACGCUGGGCCUCUCUACAGCAACUUUGUUGCUCACACUCUUACCAACAAUCGCGAUGCCGAUGUGAACUUUUGGAAAGCUUAUUUGACCGGAGUGGAGCCAUGCUUCUUACCAGUCCUUCACGAUGGCGUGCCCGGACCACACGAGAUGGGGUCGUAUGAGCUACAUCUGCAGGAUAUUGCCCCCAUGACGACAUUCUGCAGGAAGUUCGGCGUGACUCUAUCCAACGUACUGCAGCUUGCAUGGGCUCUACUUCUGCACACUUAUGUCGGCGCGCCGGAUGUGUCCUUUGGCGUUGUGGCAUCUGGUCGCGAUGUCCCAGUGAAAGGCAUCGAUGAAGCAGUUGGCUGCUUCGUCAACAUGCUCAUCUGUCGACUCGAGCUUUCAGACGAUUCCACAAUCCAUCAGUUAUUGGAAAUGAUACAAACCCAUUCAGUUGAUGCAAUGGCCCAUCAGGGAUGCUCACUCGCUGAUCUUCAGCAUGAGCUUCAGUUGCCGUCGCUUUUCAAUACCGUCUUCACCUUUCAACGUCGCCAACUUUCACGCGACCCCACCAAGACGGCACUAGCGUUUGACAAUGUCGAGGCGGCUGAUCCAGGCGAAUUCUUGAUGACACUGAACGUGGACGUAUCAGAUGAAGGAGCCUCCAUCGACUUUGGUUUUUGGAAGGACAAGGUACACCCUUCGCAAGCACGCAACAUUGUAGAUGCAUUCGAAAAGAUACUAUCAAGCAUCAUCUUAAGCAGCGACAAAGAUGUCACUGUAACCGAGCUCGACAUGCUGACAACAAGCAGCGUGCAACAGAUCAUGGAAUGGAACGCCGACCUACCUCCGCCUGUGCGCCGAUGCGUACACGAUGUGAUCCAGGAGCAAGUCCUGCUCCGGCCACGUUCUGCGAAGGCCAUCGAGAGCGCAGAGCUAACGGUUACUUACCAAGAGUUCGAUGAGAUCACCACGCGUCUGGCACUACACUUGCAGGGUCAUGGAGUUGGCCCUGAGAUCUUCGUGCCGAUUCUGUUCGAGAAGAGCCCCUGGGCGCCAAUUGCGAUGAUCGCAAUCAUGAAAGCGGGAGGUGCAUAUGUUCCUUUGGAUCCAAAGCAUCCGCCAGCUCGCCUUCGCGAACUGAUCAGCGAUGUAGGCGCCAAGGUCGCUUUAUGCUCAAGGAUGUAUCAUUCUCGGGCAAGCGAGGUCAUUGGAUCCGCAGUCAUCGUCGACCGACUAUCCAUCAACAAGCUUCCUCUAUCCAGGGGAGUGCAAUUAAAAUCAAAUGCAACCCCAGAGAACCCUGCGUACUGCUUGUUUACGUCUGGCACAACGGGCAAACCAAAAGGAACCAUCAUCCCACACGAAGCCUAUUGCACGAAUUCAGCAUCGUUCGCUCCCGCGAUAGGCAUUAACAGUAACUCUCGGACCUUCCAAUUUGCGAGUUAUACGUUCGACGCUAGCUGUUCAGAGAUUCUCUCGGCCCUCAUGGUAGGAGCGACCAUCUGCGUGCCAACCGAGGAUGAGCGAAUGUCAGACCCAGCCGGAGCUAUGCGCAGGAUGAAGGCUACCUGGUCUCUAUUGACUCCAUCGGUAUUGAGCACUCUCAAGCCAACACAGUUACCUACUUUGAAGAGUCUAUGUGCUGGAGGCGAGGCAGUGCCUGCGGCUGAGGCCGAAAAGUGGCAGAACAGGCUACACUUUGUUAUCGCCUAUGGUCCGACUGAGACCGCUGUCAUUGCCAGUACCAUUCAUAAGACGGCCGAUAUCGAUGGAAGGAACAUUGGGCUUGCUUCUGCAUGCCGUUUAUGGGUUGUUCAUCCCCGCAAUCAUGACAAGCUCAUGCCUAUCGGCGCAGUAGGUGAGCUUGUCAUCGAAGGACACACUGUUGCUAGAGGUUACCUUGGCGAUGAGGUCAAGACGGCGAAGGCCUUCAUCACCAACCCGGCUUGGGCAUCGGCGCUUCCUGCAGAGAACGGAUCAUUCGACACCGCACGGAUGUACAAGUCUGGAGAUCUCGUACGCUACAACCCAGACGGUACCGUUGGAUACAUCGGUCGGAAGGACACACAGAUCAAGCUCAACGGCAGAAGAAUCGAACUAGCCGAGAUCGAGUUCCACGUCAACGACAAAUUCGCGGACAACAUCCAAUCCGCCGUAGAGCUUGUUGCACCUGCAAGCCGUACCUCUGCGAAGGCUUUGGCUGUCUUCUUUGCUCUCAACGACGACCCACGGGCGUCCUCCACAGAAGUCGUUCAACCGGCAUCAUCCGACCUUCCGCAAUCCGAUGAACUCCUCCUCCCGAUGGAUGAUGAUGUGCGAGAUGUCUGCAAGACCCUUGAGAAUGCUCUAGUCGGUGUUCUACCUGCUUACAUGAUUCCUUCCAUCUUCUUCCCGAUGAAGAAACUGCCUUGGACGCCGGCCGGAAAAUUAGACCGUAAUCGACUGCGCGUGUUGGUGCAGAACCUAAGCAAAGAGACAUUGUCGCCAUACCGCCUGGCGAACUCCAUGCACAAGAAGAAGCCGGCAACCGAGGCCGAGAGGAGGCUCCAGAAGCUGGUCUCUUCAGUGUUGAACCUGCCGCUGUCAUCAGUGGGUGCAGACGAUAGCUUUAUCCGACUUGGAGGGGACUCCAUAGCGGCCAUGAGGCUUGUAGCCGCAGCGCAAGCAGAACAUCUGGAUCUCUCGGUCAUUGACAUCUUCAAGCGACCUAAGAUAUCUGACCUGGCUGCCAAAUGCAAGUUCUCUGCUUCAGAGCCCAAGGUCGAGCGCAGUAUCGAGACAUUUGAGUUGUUGCCUCGAGAGCUACCGAGGGAUCAGGUGGUCCAGGAGCUUUCCGAGAUCUGCCGCAAACCCAGAAACAAGAUUCAAGAUGCCUACCCAACAAGCCCGCUACAAGAAGCAUUCAUUGCUCUCUCGAUAAAGCAACCCGGUGCUUACGUUGCUCAACAUGUUCUGGUCCUCGCGGAAUCUUUGGACGUCAAGAAGUUCAAGGCCGCAUGGGAAAAGGUCGUUCAAGAGAUCGACCUCUUGCGCACGCGUAUUGCCCAACUCCAGAAUGGCGCGUUCAUACAGGCCGUUCUUGUUGAAGAUCCUAUCGCCUGGCGCGAGGUCAGUACUCUCGAAGAGACUGAAGGAGACGCUGAAAACUUACCGGCCUACCUUGGAGGCAAACUUGCGACAUAUGCUAUUGUGCGCACAGCCUCCGCUGCACGAUACUUUGUAUGGACUAUCCACCAUGCACUUUAUGAUGGCUGGAGCAUUGGUUUUAUGCUCCAACGUGUGCAACAAAUUUAUCAGUCUGGAUCGUCCGAAGUUCCCAAGGUCCCUUACACCAAGUUCAUUCAGUACCUCCAGAGCAUCAGCCGAGAUGCCUCCGCGGCUUUUUGGAAGCACCACCUCGCUGGUGCCGCACCUUAUCAAUUCCCACAACAACACAGCAACACCAGUGAAGUUCCCGACGGACAAACAUUGCAACAUACUGCCAAACUCUUUUCCCAGCGACAUACAGACAUUACGCCACCAACUGUCAUUAGAGCUGCCUGGGCUCUUUUGCUCUCGGCGUAUACUGGUAGCGAUGAUGUUGUCUUUGGGGAGACACUCACUGGCCGUGACAUUGCGGUUCCCGGCGUUACCGACAUCUGUGGUCCUACACUUACAACCGUGCCAACAAGGGUAGAAGUCAAUCGCGAUGGAAACGUUCUGGACCUUCUAAGAAGCAUCGCCCAGGUGGCUACAGAUCGUAUACCGCACCAGCAUUUUGGUCUCUCCGAGCUAAAGCGCAUGGACGAAGAUACCGCUGCUGCGUGCGACUUCCAGAAUUUGCUCAUCAUUCAAACGGGUAGCGAACAGCCAGCUGAAUCCAUGUGGUCUCAUCACAACAACGGCGUUCAAGGACAAUACUUCACGUACCCUCUGGUUGUCGAAUGUCAGACUAGUCAGACGAGCAUCUCCAUCACGGCAUAUUACGACGCGAACGUCAUUUCUUCAUGGCAGAUUCAGCGCAUCCUCUGCCAAUUUGAUGCUAUCUUAUCACAGCUGAACUCGGUGGGCAACAUCCGCGAUAUCCACGUUUUCAGUGAGCAGGAUGCUCAGUUUGUAAGUAGAUUGAACGCUGCGGAACCUUUGAUUGUCAAUGACACGAUGCCCUCGUUGUUUUUCCAACAAGUGGUUGCCCGCCCACAUGCCCCAGCUGUGUCGGCAUUUGAUGGCGACUUCACUUACGGCGAGCUUCGCGACCUGGCAUCACAACUCGCGCAAGAGCUCAUCAAGUUGGGAGCUGGUCCCGAAAUCCUUGUGCCGAUAUGUAUGGACAAAUCACGUUGGGCGAUAGUAGCGAUCAUGGGCGUUCUCAUCUCAGGUGCGGGAUAUGUUCCACUAUCUCCGGAUCACCCAGUUUCACGCCACCGACAGAUCAUUGGGGACUGCAAGGCUUCAAUCGCUCUAUCAUCGCCACAGUAUGAAUCACGCAUGGCCGACAUUGUUGGGAAAGUCAUCACGAUAAGCGAGACUACCAUUAGGCAGCUCUCGAUGCGUCAGGCUCAAUUGACACCGCGCGCGACACCCGAAAACAUCUGUUACGUUCUCUACACCUCUGGAAGUACCGGUGUUCCUAAGGGAGUUACUAUCGAACACCGAGCCAUCGCGACCAGCUCUGCGGCUAUGUGCAAGUCGCUUAACAUCAAGCCCACUUCCAGGGUGUUCCAAUUCGCCUCGUUUGUCUUCGACGUCUCAGUCAUGGAAAUCCUCACUGCUCUCAGCUGCGGUGCAGUCGUGUGUGUUCCAUCCGAAGAGAGUCGUACCACAGACAUCGCUUCGGCCAUAAACAGCCUGAAAGCUACUUGGACAUGCCUGACGCCUUCUGUUGCAAAUGUCAUUGAGUCACCGGAGAGCGUGCCGACUCUACAGACAUUCGCAUCUGCUGCGGACCCAUUGACGCCUGAAACAAUCAAGAAGUGGGGCUCGAAACUCCAGCUACUGAACGCAUAUGGGCCCACAGAAGCCUCUGUGAUUGCCCUUUCGAACAAGGUGGCCUCGAGCCCUAGCGAGUCUACGAUCAUCGGUCGCGCUCUAGACAGUGGGCGCGCUUGGCUCACCAACCCAGAGAACCCACAUCAGCUUGCUCCCGUUGGAGCGGUCGCGGAGCUCUGUCUUGAGGGGCCUUUCCUUGCUAGAGGCUACUGGAACAAUCAAGCAAAGACUGCGGAAGUGUUCAUCGAAAAUCCGAGGUUCAUGAAAGAAUUCUCGAAAGAUUCCUUUACGCGGAUCUAUCGUACCGGUGAUUUGGUGAGGUACGCAUCUGACGGUCGUGUCCACUACCUAGGACGCAAAGACAAUCAGAUCAAGUUGGCAGGUCAGCGUAUGGAGCUCGGCGAAAUCGAACAUCACCUACAAGCCGACAAAGUCAUCAAGCACGCUGUUGUUCUUUUGCCGAAGUCAGGCGCUGCAAAGAGAAAGCUUACGGCGGUUGUGUCGUUACAUCAGACGCUGACUAAAGUUGACGUGCACAAUGAGCCUUGGGACACGCCAAUAAACCACCCAGACGUGCUCCAACAGAUUAAGGUUGCAAAAGAGCGACUGUCCGAUCUAGUGCCCCCCUACAUGGUACCAACACUGUGGAUUGGGGUCCCUCGCAUUCCUGCUUUGGCUUCGGCGAAGCUUGACAGGAAGCAGGUCGGGGCUUGGCUUGCAGACAUGGACGAAAAGACCUAUCGCACGAUCCUGGAAAUUGAGAGCAGCAUGGAACCAGCUAUUCCUUCCUCUGGAGUAGUGAUGAAGAUGCAGGGUAUUUGGGCAAAGGUGCUCAAUAUGCCAGUCGAAAAAGUGAAGCCCAACAAAACAUGGCUGUCACUUGGAGGUGACAGUAUCACAGCCAUGCAACUGCUGGCUAGAUGCAGGAAAGAGGGCAUCAAUAUCACAUUGAACCAGGUUCUGAGAAGUAAAUCGCUUGCCCAUCUUGCAGAAAACGUCGGAGCUUCUGGUAUCGUCGACGUUGGGAAGGAUAAGACCGACACGCCCUUUGCACUGUCCCCUAUCCAGCGCUUCUACUUCCAAAGCUUGAACGAUGACAAAAACUCUCACUUCAACCAGUCUUUCACACUCAAAUUGGCUCGCAAGACGGAUUCCACUAGCUUGAAAGCCGCCCUUGAUGCGAUAGUGCGUUGCCAUUCGAUGCUACGUGCCCGGUUUGCCAAAGACAGCAGCGGCAUAUGGAGCCAGAUCAUCCCAGGCGAUUUCUCCAAUGCAUACGCAUUCAACGUUCACAAUGGCAUACCACUUUCCGACGUCCCUGAACUCAUCUCGAAGACCCAGGAGAGUUUGGAUAUCGUCACAGGACCCGUCUUUGCAACAAUGCUGCUCAACAUACAGUCUGGGGAGCAAAUCCUAUUUCUCACAGCGCACCAUCUUGUCAUCGAUGUUGUGAGCUGGCGGAUCAUCUUGGGAGACUUGGAAGAGAGCCUCAUAUCGUCAGCUUCGGCCGAACUGCAAAAAGGUCUUUCCUUUGCCACAUGGAAUGAGAAGCAGAUCUCGCACACGACUGAUGCAACUCAAAUUGCCGCCGUUCAGAAGCAAUCGUUCCAUGUCGAGCCGGCCGACUUAGCAUUCUGGGGCCUCGACAAGCGUCCCAACGUCUAUGGUGAUGUGGAACGUGAGAUCUUCUCGUUAGACGAGAAGAUUUCGGCAUUGGCUUUGAGCCACCACUCCGCAUUACGCACCGAUAUCGUCGAUCUUUUCCUGGCAGCCAUUGUGCACUCGUUCUCACGGGUCUUCGUUACUCGCAAGACGCCGACAAUCUUCAACGAAACACACGGUCGUGAGCCGUGGGAAUUCAGCAACCUCGACCUGUCAAGAACCGUUGGCUGGUUCACCACAAUGUACCCUGUGCAUGUAGCCAUCGCUGAAGACGAAGACGAUGUUAUACAGACAGUGCGCCAAGUGAAGGAUCUUCGCCGAAAGGUCGCGGACAACGGACGUCCUUACUUUGCUCAUCGCUUCCUCACCAAAGACGGACAGACUGACUUUGCCGCGCAUGAGCCAAUGGAGAUUCUGUUCAACUACCUUGGAAAGAUGCAACAGCUCGAGACUGCAGAUGCACUUUUCCAGCCGAUGCACUUCAGCGAGGAAGACGAAGCACGGAUGACUGAUACCGGAGCUGAUCUCCGGAGACUUGCUCUCUUUGAGGUCUCUGCGUCGGUCGAUAACGGCAAGAUCCAUUUCACCUUCAUGUACAACCAAUUGAUGAAGAACCGAAAAGGCAUCCGUAGGUGGAUUACGGAGUGUCAACGGACGCUCGAGGAGAUUAUCUCGGCUCUUGCAGAGAUAGACACCCCUCAACCAACUCUAUCUGACUUUCCUCUACUACCGUUGGACUCUUACGACCGCCUGAAUCGCGUGAUCAAGUCGCUUGCGUCUGUGGGUGUUUCAUACCCUCAAGUUGAGGACAUCUACCCUUGUGCUUCUGUGCAAGAAGGUAUGAUAUUGAGCCAGAUCAAGGAUUCCAGCGCAUAUUGGUCGUUCACAACCUUCGAACUCAAAGCCAAACGAGGCCAGGUGAAUGUGCAGCGCGUGCUACAAGCCUGGAAACAGGUUGUCGAUCGGCACCAGGCUUUGCGCACUCUGUUUGUUGACAGCGUCUGCAAAGGGGGCGUAUUCGACCAGGUCGUUGUGCGAAUCCCUGACACUGGCGCCCUCACAGUGACUUGCACCGACGACGAACUUGACACUAAGCUUGACUCCAUUCAAUACCGCGAUCUAAAUGGGAGGAAGAAGCCUCACCUCCCUCAUCAACUUGCCGUUGUGCAGACUACAUCAGGUAGAGUUGUUGUAAAGAUGGAGAUCAAUCAUGUUGUCAUUGACGGUGGGUCGCUCGCUGUCAUCCGACAUGACCUAGAAGAGGCGUAUGAGGGCCGUUUGCGUCAAGAAGAUGGACCCUUAUACAGCGACUACAUCAAGUACUUACGCGCGCUUCCCAUAAAGGAUGCACUCGACUUUUGGAAGGGGAAACUACGUGGUGUCAGGCCAUGCCACUUCCCGAUUGCGCCGCAACACUCGAGCAAACACCGACAGCUCCAUUCGCUGUACGUGGACUUCGACCGAUUCUCAGAAAUUCAGGUACUUGCCGAGAGGAACAAUAUUACUUUCGCCAACAUCUUACUCGCCGCAUGGUCACUGGUACUCCACACCUACACAACCUCUUCAGAAGUAUGCUACGGCUACUUGACAUCUGGCCGCAAUGUCCCGGUCAAUGACAUUGAGAACGCAGUAGGGGCUUUCAUAAACAUGCUCGUAUCUCGCGUGACAGUGUCCAGCUCGCGUUCGCUCCUCGCCAUGAGUGAGAACGUCCAGAAUGACUUUAUCGAGAGCGUUCCGUACCAGCAUUGCUCUCUUGCCCAAUUCCAACACGACCUUGGUCUCUCUGGCCAGGCGCUCUUCAAUACGGCUGUUUCCGUUCAAAAUCAAGGUGCGACAGAAGCUGAACGCGCUUCUGACGCAAAUGUGGAGUUUAUACAUAUUGACGGCGGUGACCCAAGCGAGUUUGCAUUAACAGUUAACAUCGAUACAACAAGGCACGACGAGGGUGUGCGGUUAGCGUACUGGACAGAUUCUGUGUCCGACGACGAAGCGAAGAAUGUUUCUUCUCUGCUGGUGAAGAUCCUCACACAGGUUCUGGCUGACCCAGAUCAAACGGUCGCGGAGCUUGAUGCCGCUAUCUCAAACAAGCCAAAGACGAUGCCGAAACCCAGAGUCUACACACCUUCGGUUCGAUCGCCCAUGUCAAGCCCUCACCUCGACAUUUCGGAUCCCAUGGCUUCCGCCCGGAUCAUACCGAGAGUUGAAGUACCCCAAGCACCAACUCCUACAACGAUGGAUGCGCCGGACUGGAGCAAUCUGAUUCGAUCCAUCGUAAGCGAGAUGGUACCUCAGAUUGUGAACCAGGUCAUGGAGAAGAACAAGCUUUCACCCAUCGCCACCCAGUCGACGGUUAGUGAGAUGACAAAUCAGAUGGCAGGUAUGCUUGCGAGGCGAGCAUCGACAAGCAAGAGAGGAAGAAACCUUGAGACCGCUUCUAUGCGCUCACGGCGGCUUAGCACGGCUAGCGAUACCGGGAGCAGAAUUCAGACUGCGGCCGACAUGGUGGCAGCAGCUGGCGUCAUGGCAACCGAAGCCUUGAAGUCAGUACCGCCGGAUUUUGUGGAGAAGAAACUUCUGGGAUUGUGGAGUGACCUUCUUGACAUGGUGGAGGAUUCAAUUGAUCAGGAUGAUUCUUUCUUCCAACUAGGAGGCGACUCAAUCAUCGCAAUGAGACUCGUUGGAGCUGCAAGAGAGGAGGGUCUGUCGAUGACUGUCGCAGAUGUCUUCAAGAACCCGACUUUCGCCGACAUGGCUAGGGUCGUUCGUGUCGCUGGCGAAGUCAUUGACGAAGUUAUGUCUCGAGCCGGUGGAGAUAGCCUGAAAGAUGCACAGGCGAGCUCUUCUAAGCCAAAAAUUCAGAUUCCAGAGCGUACUGUGUCAGCCUGGCGCGACUUCCAAUCCAUGGUAUCUGAGCAAGCCAUCGAUGAUAAGACUACCGAGGGUGGAAAUACCCCACCAACUCAACAAGAACGACAACUGCAGGAAAAGACUGAGCAGAUGUUCAAGAAGUGGACAGGGUUUGCGAACGGACAGAAUGGCAGCCCUCUGCCACAGCGCACAGCCAGCCAGAAGCCCACUAGGCCCCACACGAUACACGAGGACUCCGCACCCAAGUCGAUAUCCCUGCUUGGCGAUCCCAAUGUCGACAGUGUCAUCUCGAAAGUCCAGGUUUUCAAGGGCGGUAUUACCGACGUCCUUCCUGUGACCGACUUCCAGGCGCUUGCCAUCACAGGGACCUUGCUCGAAUCGAAGUGGAUGUUAAACUAUUUCUACCUGGACGGAGAAGGGCCGCUCGACCUUCGAAAACUAAAGCAAGCGUGCUUCCGUAUUGUACAGGCGUUCGAUAUCCUGCGUACGGUCUUCGUGCCGUACGGCGAUCGCUUCCUACAAGUCGUGUUGAGGAAACUUCAACCUGACUUCCAUUACCAGGAGACUGACCAAAGCCUGGACGACUUCACGACCGAACUCCGCCACAAGGACCAGGAACAUGGGCCUCGACUUGGCGAAGCAUUCGUCAAAUUCGUUGUGGCCAAGCAGAAGGCCAGUGGCCGCUUCCGGAUCUUCAUGCGACUCUCCCACGCACAAUACGAUGGCUUCUGUUUCUCGAAAAUGCUCACCUCGCUCCAGGCGGGCUACAACGGCUUGCCAGUGUCAACUACUCCAAGCUUCGGCAACUUUGUCCGGGAGUCGGCAAAGGCAGUCGCAGGAGCCCACGAUCACUGGCGCGAGGUACUGAGAGGAUCCAAGAUGACCGAGAUCGUACAUCGCUACGGCCCCAACUAUCAACGAUCAGCUGGUCGUACCGUCACCCUCAAGCAAACACUGACAGUUCCAUCGCUGUCUCAUAUCAACAUCACGACAGCCACUGUGAUGAAGGCGGCUUGGGCAGCAACUCUUUCUCGUGUCGCUGGCAAUUCGGACAUCGUCUUUGGUCACGUUGUUUCUGGCCGCAGCGGCGGCGUACCAAAUGUCGAAAACAUCAUCGGGCCGUGUCUCAACAUGGUUCCUGUACGCGUGGUGUACCGCCCCGAGUGGACCGUCUUCGAUCUCCUUGGUUACAUCCAGGAACAGCAGAUCAACAACAUGGCGUAUGAGUCUCUGGGAUUCCGAGAGAUUACACGCAACUGCACGGACUGGCCCGACUGGACGAAUUUCUCCAGUGUACUGCAGCACAAUCAAAACAUCCAGUCAGAGGAUGCGACCCUCCAGCUCGGCGGCAUUGAGUUUAAGAUUGGAGCUGCAGGCAACCAAGAAGAUUUCGCUGACAUCUCAAUUCUCUCGGCUUCCAAAGCCAGAAACGAGGUCGAGGUGACUCUCACGUAUGCACCUAACAGUACGUUGACGGCCGAUUUCACGCAAAACGUCUUCGACAUGCUUUGCGCAAAUGUUAUCACGUUUUCAGAAGACCCUUACACACUGCUGCCAGCUCAGUCGGAGAUUGGGUCUCAGAGCUCCACGACUAUCACAUCGGAAACUGCGCGCAAGAAGUCCGCGGAGAAGCAACCUCUCACACUUCCCACUGACACGGGGCUUUCCAAGCACGAGCUUGCAACGCUCUCAACGAAGUUGCGUAACGCAUGGGAGCAGAAUCUUAGGGACAAUAACAAUGCGCCUCCUGCCAUAGAUCUAGCAUCCGACUUCUUCCAGUUGGGUGGCGACAUCCAGGGCAUUGCUCAGAUUGCUUCGAUCUUCGAUCAUGAAGACGGUUGGAAGGUGCGAGUCGAAGAUCUCCUUGACAAGCCGGUCUUUGUCGACCAAGUGGGAUUGCUGGCCGCAGAAAGGAGAAAACAGAUUGAGAAAGAUGAGAUGAGCCCGUGGGGAGAGAAGGGCAAGGUCGCUGCCAAGGGAUUGCUUGGCGAUAAGGAAAAGCUCGAGCGAAGGCAGAGCGGACUGGGUGCAUUGGCAAGAAAGAUUGGACUGAAGCGGAAAGAUACACAGAAGGAAACAAAGUGA